UAAAUACGAGAAAACUUCAUAAGAAAAUAUAAGAAGACUUCAAAGAAGAUGACGAAAGAAGCGGAAAGAAAUAGAAAGUGAGAGACGGAAUCGAAAGAAAGAAAGAAAGAAAGAAAAGAAAAUAAAAUAGGAAGAGUUGACACCGCUACGAGAAACACGUUGCCCGCAGAAAUUCCAUUCCCGUGUGAUUCGCUUUCAGAGAAUCGCGAUUGCCCCCACUCUAUCGACCUCGGAACUUUACGAUAGCAGGGGUUCCAGUGGAGCGCACGGAACAUGGGCGUGUUCUAAUAGGCGGAGCUUCGUUCUCGUUUCAGAAGUCUUCGUCUUGAAAAGCAUCAUUUCUGUGCCACCUAGUGCCACGAACAACCCCGAGUCGAGUCACGCAACACGAAUCCCCUCCACGUUGCUGCAUCUCGUACACAUACUCAAAUCAUAUACAUAUAUGGACAAGCGAAUGCAUAGAGUAGAAGCUGUGCAAAGAAUCGAGCGAACGUGUAUGUGAACGAACGAUCGUGUGGAAGGGGCAGAAUCGAGAAUGCCAGUCUUUCCCGGGCCACGGAUCGGGACAGGAUAUUUUGUGUGAUUCUAUUCGAUCUUCCAGUUGAUCAACAAUAUCUUUUCUUUUGCUUUUUGUGAUUGUUUUUGGUUUUUCUCAAUAUUAAAUUUAUUUUCCAAAGGGUUGAAUCGUUGAAGCGCGAGUUUCAGUUUCACGAUUAUGGAUCGAGUGAUGUGAAUACGGACUUCGUGAAUGGAGGGUAUAAUAUUGUAGCACGUGUAUUUGUUUUAAGAAACUUUCUUUUCAUUGUUUGAUGAUUAUGGAAUCGGAAAGAGGAAAUUUAUGAGAUUCAAAAAUUUCUGGAACGAAGGAAGAUGAAGACCGAGAUCGAAACAGAGACAGAGUGCACGGACGGCAUCCUUUGUUCAAAUAAUAACAACAACAACAUCAACACAAACAAUAAUAAUGUGGCAAAUAUUAAAAAAUCCGGUGCCAAUAUUACGACUAACGACAGUCACGAUGGAAUGGAAAUGGACUGUGGUGGUUGCGGGGAAAGCGUACGCGAGCGCACUGUCCUCUGUGUAGGGGGUCGUACCUGGCAUUCCAGAUGUCUGAAAUGUUGCGCCUGUGCUAGACCACUGCACGAUCAGCACUCCUGUUUCCUUCGAGGGAUGCGGCUUUAUUGCAGACACGACUACGCCUUGUACGUACGGUUUGUAAGACUGGUUUCUAUUUAUUUCUUAUGCUUUAAUCUUAGUUAUUUCUUAGAUUAUUAA